CGGUCCGAGUUUUUUUUAGUUCCCCCUUCUCUCCCGGCGGCGGUGUGUAGGAUCAUGGCUGUCCCAACAGGAAGAUCUGUGGUCUUUGUAACUGGAAACGCAAAGAAGCUCGAAGAAGUCAUCCAGAUACUCGGAGACAAGUUUCCCUACAAACUAGUGUCGAAGAAGAUUGAUCUCCCUGAGUACCAAGGGGAGCCAGAUGAAAUUUCUAUACAAAAGUGUAAGGAGGCUGCACGACAGAUUGAUGGGCCAGUCAUAGUGGAGGACACCUGCCUGUGUUUCAGGGCGCUGGGAGGACUGCCUGGGCCUUACAUCAAAUGGUUUCUCGAUAAACUAAAACCAGAAGGCUUAUACAAGCUCCUAGCUGGCUUUGAGGAUAAAUCUGCAUGGGCCCUCUGCACCUUUGCAUUCAGUGCUGGUAGAGAUGAACCCGUGCAGCUCUUCAGAGGGAAAACUGAGGGGCAAAUUGUGGAGCCCAGAGGGCCUCGAGACUUUGGAUGGGAUCCUUGUUUCCAGCCAGAUGGAUACGACAAAACCUACGCUGAACUCCCCAAAGACAUAAAGAAUUCAAUCUCUCACCGCUAUCGGGCGCUCGCUGCCAUGUCUGAGCACUUCUCACAAAUCAACAGUACCUCACCACAGAGCAAGAAGAAGAAGCAGGAGGAUUAGAGGAUCCUUAUUUACACAAAAAUGAACCAGCUUGGGUCAAAAGUUCCCUCUGUAACACCAGUCCUGUAAACCCAAAGUGAGCAGGUUUUGGGUUAUAUCUGUUUCUCCCUUUAUCUUAAUAAACACAUUUUAUUUUCAAAA